CUCCCAAGUCUCCACCUUUAAAAUUUAUUAUUAUGUGAUUUGGUGGGAGUAUUAUAGGAAUUUACGCGAAAGUAACCAAUGGUAACAAUUACUCCGAGUAACAUGAGGCUGAACAUACAAAUCAAGUUCAUUGAUGAACAUAAUUUUUUAAGAAAAGGUCCCCACCAACAGAUCUUUAGCUUAAACUAGGGAUUCUCAUCUAUGGAUUUUCUGUGGUUUAUUCUGUGUUAUGUUUCUGUCAACCUAGACUUAUUGAAAAGGAAAAUGCUAUUCAUAUUUCCUAUAAGAGAAAGCAUGCUUUGCCCACAAAGUACGCAAUGGUUUUAAUAAGAUGUGCAUCAAGUAGGCCACAUUGAUGGUGAUGGGCUGAGCAUUGUUUCUUACCAAGCAAACUUUGCUGUCAUCAUGUGAGCAGUCAUUGCGAUAUUUUAAACCGCACCUGCCCUGCCCUCUAUUAUAUAUACUGCCAAACAGUACUUAGAACACCAAAUUUGAAUUCCAUGACUAUACAUUUCUUACUAGCAGCUAUUCUGCUACAAUGCUUCUUCAUAGCCACACUUCAUCACCCUUUAGACCCUCUCAACCCUAGUGAAAUCAACCAAAUUAGGCUUAUCAUCGAAAAAUCCCAUUUUGGUACACUUUCUAACUUGACUUUUCACUUUGUUGAUCUUGAAGAACCAGAGAAAGAAGAUGUUCUCAAUUGGCUAUCUUCAGAUAAACACAAGGGGUCUUUCCCUUAUCGUCAAGCCAAGGUAGUGGUUCGAGUCAGGGGUGAGACCCAUGAACUCAUUGUUGACCUAGCCACUGGUUCGAUCACAUCGGAGCAUGUUUACACUGGUCAUGGUUUCCCUCCAUUCACUUUCUCCGAGCUCCUCCAAGCUAGCAAACUUGCGUCGAAUUACCCCCCAUUCAAAAAUUCUCUCUUGAAAAGGAACUUGAAUUUGUCUGAAGUCACUUGCUUUCCUUUUACAAUUGGUUGGUUUGGGGAAAUUGUUACGAAAAGAGCUCUCAAAAUUUCGUGCUAUUAUCGCGGAGGAACGACUAAUAUUUUUGCUAGGCCUAUAGAAGGCAUAAUCAUUCUAGUCGACGUAGAGUCAAUGCAAAUUACCAAGUAUGUAGACAGAUUUACAGCUCCAAUGCCGGGAGCUGCUGGGACCGACUUCCAAGCAUCAGGGCAAGGACCGAAUCCUGAUUCAGCCCCUUGUAAUGGAACGAACAGUAGGCUCACGGUCAAAGGCCACGAGGUUAGCUGGGCCAAUUGGGCCUUCCAUGUCGGGUUCAAUGCUCGAGCCGGGCCAAUCAUAUCAACCGCAUCCGUAUUCGAUACUGGAAGUAAAAAGUUCAGGCGUGUGCUAUACAGAGGACAUGUAUCGGAAACAUUUGUUCCGUACAUGGACCCUAUAACUGAAUGGUACUUCAGGACUUACAUGGACGUAGGUGAAUUUGGAUUCGGGCGGGCUGCUUUCAGCCUUGUGCCACUGACUGAUUGCCCUGGCAACGCCGUGUAUAUGGACGGAUGCUUCGCUGGGGUAGACGGGAAGCCGGUGCAGGUGCCCCAAGUAAUAUGCAUUUUCGAGCGGUUUUCCGGUGACGUGGCUUGGAGGCAUACAGAAAUUGGAGUUCCAGGAAAAGUGAUAAGAAGUGGGGAACCAGAGGUUAAUUUGGUGGUUAGGAUGGUGGCUACUGUUGGGAAUUAUGACUAUGUUCUUGACUGGGAAUUCAAGCAAAGUGGGUCCAUUAAAGUUGGGGUAAGUUUGACAGGGGUACUAGAGGUGAAGGCAACAUCGUACCCACGCAACGGUGUCACAUCAGACGAUAUCCACGGCACAUUUGUGGCUAAAAACACCAUCGCCGUCCACCACGACCACUACCUUACUUACUACCUCGACCUCGACAUAGACGGAUCCAACAACUCAUUCAUCAAAUCCAAACUUAAGACAGUUAGAGCGACGGAUGUCAAACCCCCCACUCCAAGGAAGAGUUAUUGGACGGUAGCUAGCGAAACCGUUGAGAGAGAAUCAGAAGCGAAAAUUCGGAUCGGUUUGGAAGCAGAGGAGUUUUUAGUUGUGAAUCCGAAUAAGAAGACGGAAAUGGGGAAUCAGGUGGGGUACCGUUUGGUUACCGGACAACCGGUGAUUUCUCUCCUGAGUGAGGAUGAUUACCCGGAAAUCAGAGCUGCUUAUACGAAGUAUCAGUUGUGGGUGAGUCCGUAUGAUAAGUUGGAGAGGUGGGCUGGUGGGUUCUAUGCUGAUAGGAGCCAGGGUGAUGAUGGGCUAGCUGUUUGGAACCGCAGAAAUAGGCCGAUUGGGAACAAAGACAUAGUUCUUUGGUACACGGUUGGGAUCCACCAUGUUCCAUGCCAAGAAGAUUUCCCGGUGAUGCCCAGAGUUUAUGGCGGAUUUGAGCUACGGCCGACAAAUUUCUUUGAAAGAAACCCAAUUCUCAAACCGUAGUUUGAGAUGUUUGUUAUGAUAGUGAACAGAGUUUAUUCUUGUUCAUUUUGGUUUGUUUGAUCACCAAGAGAGCAGUUGAUAGUGAAGGAGUGGGGAGAAAGACACACUUUGCAUGUCUUUUACUUAGUACUAAUAGAAUGGUGAAAAUUGCAAGAAAGGAAAGUUUUAUGAUUAA